AUGGCUUUAGUGUCUUUCAGGAUCAACACGGCCAAUUCCUUGCUGCAGGCACGGGUGGAGGCACAUCCUGGCUGGCUCCUGGUGUGCCACGGGCACUGGGAUCCCUCCCUGGGCACCCUGCUCUGCCAGCAGCUCGGGUACCUCAGCGUGACCCAGCAGAAGGGAGUGGCUCUGAGGGAUGUGCAGGUGAGUGCUGGGCAGCAGUUCCUGCAGGUGAGGCCCCGGCAGGGAGGAGGCCUGGAGGACAUGUGGCACGUCAGGAGCAGCUGCCAGUCCGGCCGAAUUGUGGCUCUGCAGUGCUCAGAGUGCGGGCUGCAGGCAGGGGCUCUCAGGGUGGUGGGGGGCACAGACGUGUCCCCCGGGCGCUGGCCCUGGCAGGUCAGUGUGUGCCAGGGCUCCCAGCACCGCUGUGGGGGCUCCGUGCUGGCCCCCGAGUGGAUCCUCACGGCAGCUCACUGUGUGCACAGGCAGAUGCCAGCCCCAGCCUGGCAGGUUUUUGCGGGAAUUGUCUCCCGCAGUUCCCUCGGGCCCGAGGCCGGGGUGCCAGUCCGGGAAAUCAUCCCACACCCGCUCUACAACGACAGCAGCCUGGACUACGACAUCGCCCUGAUGAGGCUCCAAGUGCCCCUCAAUUUCUCAGGUGCCAUCCGAGCCGUGUGCCUGCCGCCCUCCCCGCAGGACCUGCUGCAGGGCACGCAGUGCUGGGUGUCGGGCUGGGGCUACACCACACCUGGCCAAGCACAGGUGGCUGGGACGCUGAAGGAGGCCCUGGUGCCCCUGAUUGGCACCCGGAGGUGCAACAGCUCCUGUGUGUACAAGGGUGAGCUCACAGCCAGGAUGCUCUGUGCAGGACACCUGCAGGGACGUGUGGAUGCCUGCCAGGGGGACAGUGGGGGACCCCUGGUGUGCUGGGAUGGAUCCAUGUGGCGCCUGGUGGGAAUUGUGAGCUGGGGCCAGGGCUGUGCUGAGCCCAACCACCCCGGGGUCUACACCAACGUGGCUCAGCUGCUGCCCUGGAUCCACCAGGUGACCCAGAUGCACUAG